UUACGACAUUUUUUUGAUCUGAAGCAACAACUGGAGCUCGCUUGCUGUGAAGGCCGUUUGGCUGGAUUUCGCCCAAAUCCGGCCUUAAAUCUGGCUAAAUCCGCAUACCAAACAUCCCCUUAGGUGAUGGAGAGAGCAUCGGAUCUCCUACCAAAUCGUGGUGGGAACCAAUAGCUUCCUCCGCUCACUGGCGGGAGCAGAAGGUCUAAUCGAGGGUUUGGUGCAUCGGAGGCUUAGAUGAGCGUUGCGAUCGAGAGGGAAGAAUGGAUGCUGAGCCCCCUCAUCUAUGGCUUCCUUCUAGCCUGUUGUUUCUUGUCCGUGUUUCUCCAUCCCUACUUCUCGCGAAGCGGCGGAGCCGCGAGGACGACGACUACUGCCUCCUCGCUCUUCGAUGUCGGCCCCACGGCGCCGUUUCUACGUUUCCAGAGGAGCUUCUUGCUUCUCUACUCUCUUGCGUCGGUGAUGGAGGGGCUUGAAUCUGUUGUCGGGGAGUAUGAGUUUGCGUACCAUGGGAUGAGUAGGGAUCAGAUGGUUUUGGUUGCAUCUGCAGGAGUAGCUGUUUCACUCGUUUUUGGCACUUUUUUAGGCUUUCUUUCUGAUAUAAUAGGCCCAAGAAAAUUUUGCAUCUUAUUUUGCUUCUUCCAUCUUCUGGUGGGCGUCUUAAAGAGUGUGACGUGGCAGCAAAGUAUGUUAAUGUCAACUCUAUUCAUGGGAAUUGCUUCUACUGUUUAUUCAUUUUGUUUUGAGACAUGGAUGGUAGCUGAACAUGAAAAGCAAGGUCAUAGAAGAGAUCUGCUGAGUGAUACCUUCUGGUUGAUGACCUUAUUUGAAUCUUCAUCUCUCCUCGGUAGUCAAGCGCUUGCAAACCUUUUAACCAAGGAUCUCAAAAAAGGAUUUCUUUUGGCAUCUGCACCCGCAGCCCUUUUGGCCAUCAUUAGCAUCAUUUGUAUAAGGAAAGAAUGGGAUGGAAAUAACCAAAAAGCUACUGUUGAAAGUUAUCAGAAAUCAUUUGCAGGGCACAUUAUUGCAGAUAAAAGCAUAUGGAUGCUUGGAUGGGCUCAAGCAAGUGUCCAUUUUUCCUUAUCUGUCUUUUGGAUUCUUUGGGCACCAACCAUAGUGGAAGAUGGGAGGGAAGUGCAGUUAUCGCACAUAUAUCCUUGUUUUCUUGGUUCAAGGAUGCUUGGAAGCACGGCCUUUCCAUGGUUUUCUGGUACUUCAGCUUUGCAUAAUGAAGAUCACAAUCAUUUAAUAGCUGCAUUUGUUAUUGCGGGACUGGUUUUGUCAAUCAUUGCUUAUGAUUAUCAGGAUAUUGGAGUUCUGGUUGUCUUGUUCUGCAUCUUUCAUGCUUGCAUUGGCUUGAUUUCACCUUCUCUAGCUAAGUUGAGAACAAUGUAUGUUCCCGACGAGCUGCGCGGAGGCAUGAUCAGUGCAUCUCUAGUACCGGCAAAUGCAGCAUUUUUAUUUGUGCUGAUUAUUGGGGGUUAUUAUCGGAGACUCGACAAUGCUGCUAUCAUGGCCCUGGCUGCAGUUGGCUUAUUGAGUGCUGCGGGUUGUCUCCAUGUAUUGAGAUGGUGGAGAAAGCAUCUUCGUCAAAACUGGCAUGAACUAUAGGGAUGGUUAUUCUCAUUGCUCAUAUCUGAGGUGCCAAUAAGUGAGCAAUCCUCUUUUUACCCCUUUUGGUUAUCUCCUCUACGCUAUCUUGCAGUUGUUAAUAGGCCCAUUUGUAUAAAUAUAGUAUGAUUUUGGAGUUCCAUUGGCAUAUUUGCUAUUUUAUGUUUUAAUGACUGAAAGCUAUAACUACUGUGAUGCGGACAUCGGCACGAAGAUUUGGCGCAUCUAUCAAAGGAGGCGUCGUAAAUCGACGGCUCUAAUUUAAAUUGUCA